GAGAGAGUAGCAUUUGAAGGAAGAAGUAUUUUAAAUUUUUAUUUAAGCCAAUGUUAAUACAACUGUUCACUACUCCCGUCGCAAUUCACAACAUUCUCAACCCCCGAUGACUAAGCCAAAGCGGUAAGAUCUUACUGCCCAAAUUAUUCCUUCCCCAGGAUCAUAUCAAUUUCAUCACGAAAAGACAUACAAUUCCAAGUGCGCCGCAAGUCAUCCCCCUCACAAAUCAAUCACCAUGGAAUCCGCAUUCAUAGUCAAGCCUCGUCCCAAGCGAUCAGUCCUACCAGCGCACAAAAAGAAGAGAAAGUUCGACCAUAAGAUUGAAGAAAUCAAUUUCGAUUUAACUGCUCGCGAAGAUUAUUUGACUGGAUUUCACAAACGAAAGGUUCAGAGAGCGAAGAAGGCUCAAGAGGAGGCAGAGAAGAAGGCUAGAGAGGAGAGAAUUGUUAUGAGGAAACAGUUGAGAGAGGAAAGGAGAGCAGAAUUGAAUGAGCACGUUAAAGCCGUAAAUGCGCUGUUAGAGGAUGUUGAGGAAAAAUUCGAUGGCGGAGAUGGGGAUGAAUGGGGAGGUAUAGAGGAGGAGGAAGAUGAUGAAGAAGUGCCAGAGCUGGUCGAUCACGAAGAGGAAUAUAUCGAUGAAGAUAAAUACACAACAGUCACAGUCGAAGGCAUAGAAAUAUCGAAAGAUGGAAUCAAGAGGACUGCAGAUGAAGAGGAUAGUGAUGAUGGGAUACACGAGGCAAAGGGGAAGGUCAUAAGAGAAGAAGAGAAGGUCAAGAAAGUUUGGCCCAAGAAACCACGAAAGAAGAAGUUCACAUAUGAGACCAAGGCGGAAAGGAAAAUGACGAGACAAAAGCAGAAGUCUGGGAGUAGAGCAGCAGCAGAUGCGCGACGAGGUAAUAAUUAAAAUGGAAUCUAUUAACAACUUCACAAUCAGAACCCGCAGUAAUAUUUGGUAUGUGACUUCGAUAUCGAUCGAGAAGCAAAUCAUGUAAAAACAGCGUACCA